AUAACAGGUUGGUCUACCUUGUAUAUAUUGAUUGACUGGAGUCGAGCUCAGCUUUCUUUUUCAACUCCUCUCUCGCUACGUGUAACAGCCUACUCAGGGCCGACAGAGAGCAUCUCGGCGAUCUUGAAUCUGGUGAGUCUCUCCUUCGUCUUCUUCACUUAAAUCCAUGGUUGCAUGAUUCGUAAAAGACCCUUUUUGUGAAUCCACGAUUAAGAUUUAAAGAGUUUUCCGAGGAUGAAUCACACCCGAUGCAGAAGGAAAAUUUUGAGGUAAGGCACCGGAUUUGAGAGACAUUCGCAAUAGAAAAUCACAUCUUGGCCUUUGAUGAUGUUUUCUAGUUUGAAUUCUGUGAUGGAAGUGUUCCUGUUUUCUGAUUCUAUUUGAGAUCUGAUUGUCUUUGGGUGCUGGUAGCCUAGGAAGCGAACUGAAAAUGGAUCUUAAAGGUAGGCGUUGUUCAGAAGCCUGGCCAAAAUCUCGUUUGGGGAACGAUUCAUUGAAAACUCUAACCCUAGAUCUCGAGCCUUUCAACCAGUUCAAUUCACUGCAACAGAACCAGAAAUGGAAUGGUCCUGAUAACUUCGAUUAUGGGUAUAGGAUUGCAACAUCUUACUCUGAAGUCAACCCACUUCCUGCACCUUUGUCAUCGAACCCUGAUAAUCAGAUCAAAACUCCAUCUCAGGUGGAUAAGCAAACAAUUGAAGCACUUAUCAGUGCUUCUAAACUACAAGAUUGGGAUCCUCGAACAAUGCUAAGCAAUCUUUCUUUCCUUGAGCAGAAGAUCCACCAACUCCAGGAUUUGGUGCAUUUGAUUGUGGGCAGGGAAGGCAGAGCUGUUGGUCGACCAGAUGAAAUUGAAGCACAGCAGCAGCAACUUGUGACCGCUGAUCUAACUUCCAUCAUAGUUCAGUUGAUCUCAACUGCAGGUAGUCUUCUGCCAUCAGUGAAGAAUACCCUGGCAGCAAAUCCUUUUGUUGGGCAGCUAGGGAGUUCCUCUGGGGUCGGAUUUCCUCAUAUCUUGGAUGCAAAUGAUGCCAUGCAGCAAGACAAUGGUGGAAGCAAGGUUUCUGAUCAUUCUGAUCAGAUUGAACCACCAAGUAAUUGCAGACAUGAACAAAAUAAUGGUGGUCAAUCUAACCCAUUGGUAUCAACUAUUGAGGAGCAUGAUCCAAAGGAUGAAGAAGAUGCUGGAGAAGGAGAGAACCUCCCUCCUGGUUCCUAUGAAGUCUUGCAACUAGAAAAGGAAGAAAUUUUGGCACCCCAUACCCACUUUUGUAUGAUCUGUGGGAAGGGUUUCAAGAGGGAUGCAAACCUUAGGAUGCACAUGAGAGGUCAUGGGGAUGAAUACAAGACCCCAGCUGCACUUGCUAAGCCCCAGAAGGAAUCAAAUUCAGAGCCUAUGCUCAUUAAGAGGUAUUCAUGCCCAUUUGCUGGUUGCAAGAGGAAUAAAGAUCACAAAAAGUUCCAGCCACUGAAGACUAUCCUGUGUGUGAAAAAUCAUUAUAAGCGAACCCACUGCGACAAGAGCUACACUUGCAGCAGAUGCAACAGCAAGAAGUUCUCUGUCAUUGCAGAUCUCAAGACACAUGAGAAGCACUGUGGCCGGGAUAAGUGGCUAUGCUCUUGUGGCACAACCUUCUCAAGGAAAGACAAGCUAUUUGGACAUAUCGCACUCUUCCAAGGUCAUACCCCAGCCCUUCCCCCUGAGGAGAACAAAGUGUCAAGUGGGGCAUCAGAUUUAGGAGGAAGCAGUGAAGUAACAGAAACAACUCAGGUAGAGCCUACUGGAUUCAACUUCAGCUCAGGUACCUCAAAUGUAGGUAGUAUUCAAGAUGAUGUGGAUAUGAAAGGCAAUGUCGAUGAUCCAACUGGUUAUUUCUCUCCACUCAACUUUGAUACAUGUAACUUUGGUGGGUUUCACGAGUUCCCUCGACCUCCUUUUGAGGUUUCCGAUAGUUCUUUUGCAUUUCUUCUCUCUGGGUCUUGUAAUUACAUUUCAAAAACUGGAGGUGCAUCAGGUUCUGAUGCCCUUGAAUGAUAUGGGUGGUAUUUGGAUUUUCUUUUGCAACAGCUUCUUAGUCUUUCGCGUUGGAUCUUAUCUGUAAGAUGAUGCAUGUACCUGUAAUAUUUGGAGUUAAAAUGAUGCCUUAAUGGCUUAAUGGCCCA